AUGAAGGAUCUUGGUAACUUGAACUAUUUUCUUGGACUUGAGGUCCAUCAUAGGAGAGAUGGUAUCUCUUUCUCUCAAGUCAAGUAUGCUAUUGAUUUGAUAUCUCGAGCUCAUCUUUCUUAUGAGGAGGUUGAAAAUACUCUUAUUGAGCCAAACGUUCACUAUACUUCCACUGAUGGAACCUUGUUGGAUAAUCCCACCCGUUAUUGCCAGUUGGUUGGGGGCCUCAUCUAUCUUAUAGUGACCUACCCUGACAUUGCUUAUGCAGUCCACAUUAUUAGUCAGUUUAUGUCAGAGCCUCAAACUACUAAUUAUGCAGCAGUUCUUUGGAUCCUUUGA